ACUUACCAACAUCGGUAAGCCACUUUACAAUAACAAUAGUCGUACAAGUAAACGUUUUUUUAUUAACCUAGAAGAUUAAUGUUUCGUAAUUUGAAGUCUACAAAGAAGCAUAUAAGGUGUACAUAUGUGACUGUACAAUAUUAUAAGUAUUUAUAAAUUGCUACUAAGUACCUUUGAAAAAUGCUUUAUAAGUAGUUAGUGUAUGUCGUACUUGGAAGAAAAUGUAACCUUAGAAAUAACAGGGAUUUUGGUUGAUUGCCUUAUUUGUAAAGAAAGAUCAUUGACUGUUUAGAACUUUGUUGAAUCAGUAGAUGUGAUAAAUUACAAAAAGAUUAAUUUUAGCACCUUAUUUAUUCAUAUUUAUGAAAAUGAUUAAAAAAGAUAAAUAGCGACCUUAUAGAUCUUGUUUGUAGCAAAAUAUUAAGCAAUUACAUCAUUCAUUUAUUAAUUUAUUCAAGUGCCAACAAAGAUAAAUAAUGAAACCAGAGAUAGCAUUAGCUUUAAUCAUGAAGAGAUGGAGAGACUGGCAAGAAGUUGCUAGAUAUCAACUUCCAGCUCAGCAAGAAGCUGAACGACAAAACCUUUUAGAGCUGUUUGUGCUCUAUCAAAAAAUGAAGAAGAAAAAAAGUCAAGCCACUCAGGUGCAAUUUGCUAUAGAGCAACCUAUUUCUCAGGUAGAAGCUCGAGAAGAAAAGAUUAGGAAAGGUAAUGAUGCCUUGGUAGUUUAUUCACAGCCAGUGGAUUAUGAAAAAUAUUUUGAAUACAUAAGAAUGGAUGUGGAGACUUACAAUGAAUUGUUUAAAUUGCUUGAACCCAAAAUAAAGAAACAAUUUCUAAUUAAAUAUCCUAUUCCAGCACAUACUCGUUUACAAAUAUGUUUAAGGUAUUUAGCAUCAGGUGAUAGUAUGACAUCCAUUUCCAGUGCAUUUAAAGUUGCAAAUAACACAGUUUCAAAAAUUGUGACGGAUACUUGUCAAGCUAUUUGGGAUGUUUUGAGCAAUCUUGUAUUUCCCACACCCUCAGUAGAUCUCUGGAAGGAAAGGGCACAUUCUUUUGAAACACAAUGGGACUUUACACAUUGUAUUGGUGCAAUAGAUUCAAGACAGCUGGUACUUCAGACUCCUGUCAAUACUGAAUCGAAUUACUGUAAAACAAACGAGACAAUAGUACUUUGUGCAAUUAUUGAUGCAAAUUCUUGUUUUUCCUUGAUAAAUAUUGACGUCGAAGAAGUUCUCGAAGAUGGAAUAAAUUUUGCUGCAAGUGAAACAGGAUGCCACUUGCAAGACAAUACAUAUGACAUACCAGCUCCAUCGAAAAUUAACGAAACUGGACCAGAAUUACCCUACGUUUUAGCUGGUAAUGAGAAUUUUCCUUUAACAGUCAAUCUGUUGCGACCUUAUGCUGCAACAAGUGAUUUAGAUCUGCCAAAGCAAGUUUUUAACUAUAGAAUCGGACGCGCGCGAAAAUGUUCAGACUGUGCUUUCCGUAUUCUCACAAAUCAAUGGAGGAUUUUUCACAAAAAAUUUUCAAAUAGCGCAUCUAAUACGAUAAAGAUUACUAAAGCAGCAAUAUGUUUGCAUAAUUUUUUAAUGAACAAAGAAAACAGUCGACCCUUUCAAGAUAGACGUUACUCUUUACUCUCAGAAUCUGAUAGAGAAUAUAAUAUACUUGGAUGUACUAAUGUAAGCAUUUCUUCUGAAAUUCCUUCAGAAAAUGCAGAGACUGUUAGAAAUAUGUUUAAAGACUUGUUCUGUGAAGAUGGUGCAAUUUUACUAGAGUGGGAAUAAAUUUAGUAAAUAUGUUGUUCAA